AUGAAUCUAGUACCUUCACAUUUGAAAAACACUCACGAUUUUCUUCGAAGGAUUAGAAACAUCACACCAAAUGAUCUGAAGAGUUUUACUCUCUUCACAGCAGACGUCAAAGCUUUAUGCACCAACAUCAACGUACUAACAGCAAUAGAAGAUGUCAUGGAAUUUGCUAAAGAAAAUAGACAGUCAAUCAAUACAUACGGUCUCCAUCUCUCUGAUUUACAAGAACUACUAGAGACAACCCUAGGAAAGUCAUAUUUUGUCUACAAGUACAACAAUCAAGUCUAUCUACAGCUUCUUGGAUUGUUCAUGGGAACCAACCCCUGCAACUAUUCUAGCUACUGUCAAGAUGUGAAAACUGGAAUAACUUUCCGUCUACGUAAACCUGAGGAUAACACUGCCCACUGCACCUACAGCAGGUUUUACGACGACCUUAACGGAGCCACCACCAACAAACGAAAAGCUCAGCAACUUUGCAACCUCAUCGAACAACAAGACCCUGACAAACUUAUCAAACUAACUGUAGACUACUCUGACAAUCAGAACGACUUUGUUCCCUUCCUCAACACGGAAAUAAAGAUCGACUCAGAUGGAAUAGUACAUUCUAGACUCUAUAGAAAACCACAGAAAAAGCCAAUCAUCCUCCACUACAACUCUCAUCAUACAACACGUACAAAGAAUGCUACUGUUGAGAGUAUGUACAGUCUCUAA